AUAAUAAAUUAUUACAUAGGUAGGUUAUAAGUUUCCUGAUAUCAAUAGUUCUAAUUUUAAUGGUUACCUACGCUUAAGAAAUUCGUCAAAAAUCAAAAUGCGUGUACAUUUUUAGUUCAGGUUUAUACUAAUGCGGUUAUCUACAACACCAGCUACCACGUGUCCACGUCAAACGUAUAUUAAUUAUUAUUAUUUGAAUUUUCGUAAAUACAAUUAAUUUCAAACUCUUCGUUUUCUAGUCGUUAUAAUAUUAAUUGUUAAAACACUUAAAAAUCGUGUUUGAUAUUUUUAUUUUUACUGUCAUGUGUAUAUAUAAUUUGACGACCUUAUAUAUUUUUAUGUUACAACAUCGAUUAUCCUACCGAGUAUACGAGAGUCGUAGGCUUAUGUUUUUAUAUGCUAUUAUCAUAAUAUUAUUACCUUAAUAGCAUAUUACAACAGUGAACAAAUUUAUUAGGUUUUUCGAACUUUCUGUAAACGUGUGUGUUCUGUUCGUAUUAUAGUCAUGUGUGUACCUACCUACAAUGUAUAUUAUACGUGUUACGUAUAGUGUGUGUACGCUAAUAUUUAACUAUCAUCGUAUUCCUAUUUCCGACGAGGCUUGAACAAGUUCGCUGUGUUUAACUCACGUACCUAUAUAAUAAUACACAACAUACAAUUAUUUAUUGUUAUAUUCUCGUUUGUUUCUUUUAUUUAUUAUUAUUAUUAUUUGAAGCACCGACAAUGGCAACUAGAGUGGAUAAGGACUGAACUCAAACGAGUUGGAUUCGUUGUGUCUAUAUGAGUAAGCGACGUUAGGUUAACGAAUUGUGUUCGUCCGGUCAUUACGAUAUACCUAUUAUACUGUUACUAAUAUUAUUAUAGUGUUGUGUGAUUGUGUGAACGGGAAUUAACGUUACCCGCAGUUGUAGCGAUGUGUCGAUAACGAAAAGUAUUAACAAACGUGCACGACGAACGGGUUGAUCGUUUAUCGGUUCGUAAAAACUAAGAAGAACAUAUUAAUAUAUACAAUAACCAUCGUAAUAACGAACGAUACCACCCCGUUUUAGAUUAACAAAAUGUCUACCCUACCCGACGGAAUCUGCAAACAACUUUUCGCGUGCUUUAUAGUAUCCAUGCCACUGUUGAUGGCCGGUACAACGCUGGGAUGGUCGUCGCCUAUGAUGGAAUACACUCUGAAAGGCACAGCACCGGUUCACCUGACUUCGGAACAAGAGUCAUGGAUGGUAACUCUGAUAGACGUCGGCAACGUACUGUUGUCGUUACCGGCCGGCAUUAUGAUGGACAAAAUCGGGCGGAAAAUGUCCGUGUACUUGACGGUGCCGAUAACGCUGGCCGGCUGGAUACUGAUACUGGCCGCUCGGCAGCCCUGGCACUUGUACGUUGCCCGGUUUUUGCACGGCAGCGCGAUGGCAAUCUCGUUGAUUGUGUCCCCGUCGUACGUGGGCGAGAUGGCCAGCAUAUCCGUCCGAGGAUCGUUGGCCCUGGUGGUCGAGCUGACUUACGCUUCCGGUCUGCUGCUGUCCUACGUGAUCGGAUGGCUCGCCAGCUACGAAACCCUGGCCAUCGUCGGCGCGGUCAUCCCAGUCAUCACGGGCGUGCUGAUGGUGGCCAUACCGGAAUCGCCGUACUACCUCAUGAUGGUGGGAAAACCGGAAGAGGCGGCCCGGUCGUUGAGGAAGCUGAGGAAUUGUGGCGACGAUGAGUUCAAGGAAGAGCUCGAGAUCGUCAGACUGUCCGUCACCGAAGAAAAGUGCAAGGGGCAGCUGACGGACCUGCUACACAGGGAUCGGGCGCCGUUGAUCAUCGUGCUCACAUUGGCCGCCCUGCAGAUGGCGUGCGGCGCGAGCGUCAUGGAAGCGUACGCGUCGUCCGUGCUGUACGGCACUGGGCUGUCACCGAACGCUAGCGCCGUGAUAUUCGGUCUGUUCAUAGUGGUGGCGUGCGUGCCGUUCGCGCUCACUGUGGACAAGUACGGCCGACGGCCGCUGUUCAUGGUAUCGUGUGUGGGCACCACUCUGUGCCACGUGUUUAUAGCCGCGUUGCUGUCGCGGGACGAUGGCAAUAGCGUCGGUGUCGAGUCCACGGCCGACAUGGACGGUUGGCUGCUAUUGGCCAGCGUGUGCGGCGCCGAAUUUUUCAUCAACAUCGGGCUCAUGCCCGUGCUGUCCGUCAUCCAGUGCGAGUACUUUCCAUCGGACACCCGUGGCCUCGCCAACUCGGCGGUGGUGUUCACAAUCACAUUCACGUCCACCAUCAUGCUGAAGAUCUACCAGCCGGUGACGGACGCAUACGGCAAGCGCGCCAAUUUCAUAGGGUACGCGGUGAUCACCUUCUUUGGCGGCCUGUUCUGCUACUUCUGCGUGCCCGAGACUAAGGGCAAAUCGUUCCUGCAGAUCCAAACGGACUUCGAGACGUACGCUUGGCGCAACGGCAAGACCCGCCACCGGAACUACGAGCGGCUCUGACCGGAUGUUGGGACAACCCCUCCCCCCACCACACAACCAUUCCACGACCGUCAGCAGCGAAGGUCCGUCGCGUACUCGCUCAUAAUUAAAUGUUAUAAUAGUGUAUGUAUACGUUGAUUAGGUAAUAAUAAUAAUAUUAUAUAAUAACGAUUGUCAGCUGCCACGUUUUAUGGUUUUGUCCGUGUGAGCUUUGGACUUGAGACGAUCGAGACGACUUGAGACUUCGUUUUAUAUCGUUUUUUAGUUAUUAUAUGUCUGUAUUAUACGCCAAAAUACACUACUGCGGGGAGUCUUGUUUUUUUUUAAACUUUUAUAAUAAUUUUCUUAUACACGAUUCGAAGACUGUA